ACUAUUUUUUUUCGUUUUCCUUUAUAUUCGUCGUUCUUGAUUAUCUCUCUCUCUUUUUAUUUUCUACUCUCAGCUAUAUUUUCAUCAUCACAUAUCCAUGAUCCAAGGCCGCGUUUACAGAUCGAUUGAGGAUCAAGUUGUCAGCGAGCCAGAGCUGCUGGAUGCGUCGCGACCAGGGGCUGGCAACCGCAGUGUUUUUGAAGUCUCAUUGAACAUUGUCAAUGCCACGGUAGGCGCCGGGGUGAUUGGUCUUCCGUUUGCGCUGAAAUUGGCCGGCUUUUGGUGUGGCCUGGCUCUAUCGUGUUUCGUGGCAGGGCUUACUUAUGCCGCCAUCUAUACAUUGAUUCUUUGCGGCCAACGAACCAGCAUUUAUAAAUUUGCCGAUUUAAGCGAAUAUGCCAUGGGCCGUUUCGGAUAUCAUAUGUUGAACCUCAUGGUAUUCGUCCAAUCGGCCGGCAGUUGUAUCAGUUACUUUAUCUUGGUAGCGGAUACGCUUCCUGUUUUAUUGGGGCUCUAUUUUCCGCAAUACCCUCAUCUCGCUGACCGUCAAUUAAUUACCGUACUUGUAUCCGUGAUUGUCAUUUUUCCUCUCAAUUUGUUCCGAUCCAUCGGUGCGCUGGCUCACUGGUCUGCGUUCUCGGUGCUUCUUUUACCAGUGAUGAUUAUCAGCGUCCUUAUUCGCGCUCCCGCUUACGCUCCUCAACACCAGGCUCCGUUAUCAGGCAUUGGCCAAGAUCCCGUUGCCGCGAUGGGCAUCAUGUCGUUCGCGUUUGUAUGCUCCCAGGUCGCCUUUGAUAACUUUUUGACGCAGAAGAACCAAUCCGUGACGGCUUGGAGCUUAACGUCGGCGAUAUCCACCAUGAUGAGUUGGACGAUUUCCAUGUUGUUUGCCUUGUGUGGAUUUUUAAGUUUCGGUAAUGAUGUCAGUCCAAACAUCUUUCGAGAUUUCCCUGUGGAUGACAACGUGAUCAACGUUGGACGGCUAGCACUGGGUCUUUCCAUGGUUCUCACCGUACCAAUGGCAUUUUAUCCUGCGCGCGAUGCAUUGCAAAAAUCGUUGGGUUUCGAAACUGCGGAUCGUCAGCCUAGUGCGUUGCAACAUUACAGCGUUACUGUGGUCUUGUUUGCCAUCUUUCUCUGUUUUGGUGUGAACGUGCGAUCGCUUGGUAAAGUGUACUCACUUGUGGGAGGACUGUCGAGCUCGUUCCUUGCGUACAUCAUCCCUGGUUUCGCGUAUAUUGUUGUUUUUCACCCUGAAUGGUUGAAGCGGGCCAGUUCACCGGAAAUGUUGCCUUUGAUUGGUGCAGAGAACCAAAAAGUUUAUGCACGUCCCACGUGGUGGCUGGAUGUUUGUGCCGUUACCCUUGUUCUUUUCGGUUCUAUUGUUAUGACAUUCACAGCCAUUUCCGCUUUCCAAUAAGCGCUAGCAGGCUACCUGAUCAUUCACAACUACCUUUUUUUGGAUUCAUCUCUUCUCAUUGUUCUCUGUAUAUAUCCCAUUGUUCCUCAUAUACCUUUGAUCCUCUUUCUCUUGCUCCAUAUUCCCUCCUCACGAUAUCCUAAUUUUUCAACUGCGACUUUUUUACUUCCUUCAAUAUUUAUCAAUGUCCAUUGCUCCUUCCAUUUAAGGGUGAAAAAUUGAUUUGAUGCAUCCAUUCAUCUUUUACUCUUUUUAUCAUUUUAUUCAUUCAUAUAAAAGGAAAUAAAACAGCAAUCAAUGUUUUGAUACUCAC